CUUGUCUCCGGCGGGAGGGAGCGGGAAGAGCCGCGGUGUAAUGGCGGAGUAAUGGCGGCCAGUCUGGAGUUGGUGGGCUGGCUUCUCGUGGUGUUCUCGGUUUCCAGGGCAGCUACGGCCGAGGUGUCCGCCAUGGCUGCCAACAGUAGCAGCCCGGUUACAGAAGGGUUCCUGUGUGAAUGUGACAGAGACUCCUGUCAGGGAGAAACAAUCUGCCGAGCUCAGCAGAAAUGUUACUCCGCGAUCGUAAAUGGUGACCUGAAAAAGGGCUGUUUUGGGCAGGAGGAGCAGUCCCGCAUGUCCUGCAACACCCCCAACCAGAGAACUGUCAACGUCAUCUGCUGCGACUUCGAAAUGUGCAACAGGAACAUCACCCCAACUGUACCUACAGUGUCCGACCCGACGUUUGCGGUUGAUAAUGAGUUGACCCAGCUGGUGAUCUACGCGGUGAGUCCGAUCGGCGCCCUGAUCAUCCUGGCAGCCGCCGCCAUCCUCAUCGCACGGUUCAUGCACAAGCGUCGUCUGCAGCGUUACCACCGAGACGUGGAGCGAGGCGGGGUGCACGUGGGCGACAUGCACGCCUACCCCGCCGGCGACAACACGCUGCAGGAUCUCGUCGACCAAUCAUCGGGCUCCGGGUCCGGCCUGCCGUUCCUCGUGCAGCGAACCGUCGCACGGCAGAUCACACUGGUGGAACAGAUAGGAAAGGGCAGGUAUGGCGAGGUGUGGAGAGGCCAGUGGCAGGGGGAAAACGUCGCCGUGAAGAUUUUCAACUCUCGCGACGAGAAGUCUUGGUUCCGAGAGACGGAGAUCUACAACACGGUCCUGCUGCGGCACGAGAACAUUCUGGGCUUCAUCGCGUCCGACAUGACCUCCCGAAACUCCUGCACGCAGCUGUGGCUGAUCACACACUACCACGAGUUUGGCUCUCUGUACGACUUCUUACAACGCACAACGCUCGACGCCCACCGAAUGAUGAAGCUUGCCUGUUCUAUCGCGGGUGGACUAGUCCACCUGCACGUGGAGAUUUUCGGCACGCAGGGUAAACCCGCCAUCGCUCACCGCGACCUCAAGAGCAAGAACAUCCUCGUCAAGAGCAACGGCCAGUGCUGCAUCGCCGAUCUGGGUCUGGCCGUGAUGCACUCGCAGGCCACAGACACGCUCGACCUUGGCUCGAACCCUCGGGUCGGCACGAAGCGGUACAUGGCCCCGGAACUGUUGGAAGAGACCAUGAACUAUGAGUGCUUCGACUCCUACAAAAGGGUCGACGUCUAUGCUUUGGGGCUGGUGCUGUGGGAGGUCGCACGGCGCUGUAUGAGUGGGGGGAUAGCAGAAGAGUACAAGCCUCCGUACUACGAUGUUGUUCCGAGCGACCCGAGUUACGAGGACAUGAGGAAGGUCGUCGUCGUGGACCAACAGAGACCCAGCAUUCCAAACAGAUGGUCCAGCGACCAGACGUUAACAGCGAUGGCCAAGUUGAUGCGGGAAUGUUGGUACCACAACCCGUCGGCGAGACUCACGGCGCUUCGCGUCAAGAAAACCCUUAACAAGCUGCAGACUUCGCUCGAGAAGAUGAAGGAGCUGAAACAGGACGUGUGAUUCCUGUCCUGUUUACAUACUGUUCUGAAACAGGACGUGUGAUGAGUACUGUUUCUCUGAGUGGUGAAAGCCGAUGAGUGUUGACAGUCUGUACAUACAUCGUCUCCGCUUUGUACGUCUCAGCAAUUUUGUACAGGCCAAACCUGGGUGUAAAACUCCCCUUCUGGGUGCACAAAAAACCCCUGAAGACCCCCGGUUUUCCCCCGUAACUAUGGCAACCGUUCCCAUGCUGCUCUGUGAUUGGAUGGAGACUGAGGAUGUGAAUGUGUGUUUGGAGCUGCAGAUGUGGAUGUGUGCUGUACUGAGUGAUGCUGUGGCCUUAGCAUCUUUGUUCUUUUGUUUAUUAUUGAUGUAAGCAACAAAAUAAGCCUCAAGCUGAAGGCUGGUAGUAGCUAGAUGGGGAUAUGCCUUGGGGAGGGGAGCACCCAUGAGGGGGGUUGGGUUAGGGAGGGGGGUGCUUUGCCUGAGCCUCUGUAUCUGUGGACGUGUAAACCUGCGACAACAAUACCCACAUUAUACUGUGUAUGUGCUCUAACAUAUCUUACUAGAGACGGUAGGGAAAAAACUGGACACUCAAUAUGUACUGUAGAACAACAUGAACCAGUAGACUAGAGCAAGGAAUUUGAAAGCUCCUUGUAUCUUGCUGUAGAUUGAUGUAACCACGACUGACACCAUGGAUAGAUGUUAUACAGGCACAGGUGACAACACUGUGGAACGCUUACAGAUUAUUCACAACUUUGCAGCUCUGUAGAACGUUGUUACCACAGACUCAGUAGAAUAUUCCCACUGCAGUUCUAUAGAACGUUGAUACCACAUGCAGGCCAGUAUCUUUGAUAAGGAAAUGGAACUUUAUGUUAGGAAGUUUGUUGUAACUCCACCACAAUGUUAAAAACGGAAAUUUUGUAAUCCUGAUUUAAUUUUGAGAAACUCUGUUGAGCAGCUUUUUUUAUACUCAACUGAAACAAACACAGUAGGAAUUACCAUGGUGACAGUUGCCAUGGCAAUGCAUAUGUUGCUAUGGUAACCACUAGAGUGCUCUGGCUCGGGUCAGAGGUCAGGCGUCUCGCUGCCAUGUGAGGUGGAUCGUACCAAGAAUUGCGAAGGGGUGUGGCAGAAUUGCAAUAAGUCGUAUAUAAUAAGUAUGUAUUGUCGUAACGUGAAUUUGUAUAUAUCAGUAUUUUCUUUUAUUAUAAUAAUCCAGGAAAGUAUGAACUAAUGAAGACGGACAGACGAUCGAUGAAGUUUGAAAUGUAACGUUUUGUACAUAAGGCUCCUUCCGACGUACGGCAAUAUGCUGAAAAUGGCUCAGCAGGUUUUUUUUUACGAUGUAUUUUAGAGAAAAGGAGGUUUGUGCUUUACCUACAAAACGGUGAAGAAAACAGCAGAAACAAGGAUUCAGACCUGCUGUGACGCCGCUGAUGUAUUUAAUGUGAGGAAAUCCUGCAGAAAAAGUCACUCCUGAUGCCAGAAUUCUGCAGCAGAGUUGAUAGACUAGUAUUUACCUGUGAAGCCGCCUAACUAUACAGUUAAACCGCCUAACUAUACAGUUAAACCGCCUAACUAUACCAACAGGUCAUUGUUGAACUAAACAGAACAUUGUGAAAUCGCCUAACUAAACAGGAGAUUGUGAAACUGCCUAACUAAACAGGACAUUGUAAAACUGCCUAACUAAACAGGACAUUAUGAAACUGCCUAACUAUCCUGCAGAGUUGUUCAACCCACCUGAGGUCACAACAAUUUAAUUCGUUGGUUCUCGGAUCUUUGUACAAAAACUGUGAAGCGACGGUGAAAAAAACAAGCCUACAUGUAGGCAUCCUAUGGUAGCCCCAAAUGCUAUCAUACAAUCCACUUAGUCAACAUACCACUUUUGGGGCCAAAAUAUUAGCAUUUUUGAAGUUGAUUCAGAAACAGAUUUUUUUGUUAAGAUUAGAACCCGAGAACUAACUGAUUAAAUCCUUGUGGCCUGCUGAUUCAAUGUACUGCCUACUUGUACUGAUAAACUGUAACUGUGGCUUCCACCAAGGCAAGAACCACCGAUCGGGGCUAUUUUUUCACAAAUAGUAAGAAAAGCUGAAUUCCACAAUAAAGGCUGCUUGAAUAUCC